AUGAACCUGAAAUUUAAUAAUUGUAUAAUUUUUGCAUUAUUCAAAAUCAUUUCAUGUUUUGCUUUACCUCAAUCUACUCAAUCUGCUCAACAAAGCACAACUAUUAGAUGUGGCAAAGAUUUUGGCGGAAUUAAUUGCCCAAAUAACCCUGAUGGAUCCUGUUGUUCCCAAUAUGGAUACUGUGGUAAUUCUGAAGAACACUGUUCUCAUUUAUACAAUUGUCAAUCAGGUUGUUGGAAUUCAAACCCAACAAGUACAAAUAAUUCUUCAGGAGAAAAUGGAAAUAAUUCAGACUUGAUGUAUAAGAUUCUCGUACCA